AACCGUCCCCCCAACAUAAUGAAUUAUUAUUAUUAAUUACUGCACAAAUACUGAUAUCACUUCAACUACCAUUUCUGAUGUUAGAACUGCCAGCUGUUACCACAAUUAGUGUUGUUGCUACUACUACUAUUAAUUCUACUACUAAUACUUCUGCCGAUAAUACUGUAAUUUCUGAUGUUACGCUUGUUCAUUCGUACACUGGUACACUGGUACACUAAAUCAUUGCUAAACUGGUACACUGGUUCAUUGGUACACUGGUACAUUAGUACACUGGAUCAUUGGUACACUAGUAUAUUUGUAUACUGGUUCAGUGGUGCACUGUUAUUGGUACACUGGCAUAUUGGUGCAUUUACACACUGGUUCUCCGGUUCAUUUGUACAUUGUGACACUGGUACACUGGAUCUAAGGUACAUUGGUUCACUGGUACACUUGUACAUUUGUACUCUCAUACAUUACUACAUUUGUAAUUACAUACAUUAGUACAUUAGUACAUUGGUUCAUUUGUGCUCUGGUACAUAGAUGCAUUGGUACACUUUUACGUUGGUACAGUUGUGCACUUUCACUGAUACCUCUACACUUGUACAUUGGUUCGCUGGUUCAUUGAUGCACUGUUACACUGGUACCAAUGGAACCAGUGAACCUAAUUUAUUAACUGCAGUUUCUCUAUUCCUUCAGGUGAUUUUCGCCUGUCUGGCCGCCGUGGCCGCCGCCGCACCUCAGCUCCUGGACUCGCCUCCGGUGGUUGCAAUCCUCCGCGAUGACCGACGCGAUGACGGUAAUGGCAACUUCAACUACGCCUUCGAGGCCGACAACGGCAUAGCUGUGGAUAUCUCCGGUACCCCGGGUGCAGAGGGACAGAGCAACAUGCAGGGCUUCUAUAGGUUCACCCUCCCUGACGGCACCAUCGCUGAGGUCCGCUUCAUCGCCGACGAGAACGGCUUCCAGCCGGAGUCCUCCUUGUUGCCCACGCCCCACCCGCUCCCCGCCCACGCCCUCGAGCAGGUCCGCUUCGCUGAGGAGCAGCGCGCGCGAGGCAUCUUAUGGGAUCAAAAUGGGUUUAUAGCAAACAAAAAAUGAGCUGUAUUCGAUAUUUGUAGCAUUGUUGACAAGCCUGACACCUGCCGGAUCCUGUCUCAUGUACCAGUCCGUCCUCCGAAGGUUCCCCAACGUCAGGAAAACGGUCAGAUUAAAGUGAUCCUUAUCCUAACCUACCAGGAGGACCCCAAAUAGAAAACGGGACGGUACGUCACUUUCGUGAGCCGCUUCCAUUUUCUAGUACGACGAUGUUUGGUCUUAUGUAACGCAUACGAUCGAAAUGCGAAGUUCUUUGUAAGAGGACAAGUUGCUCAUACACACAUAUUUACUAUCAUAUCUGAAACACACAUAUUUACUAUCAUGUCUGAAACACACAUAUUUACUAUCAUGUCUGAAACACACAUAUUUACUAUCAUAUCUGAAACACACAUAUUUACUAUCAUGUCUGAAACACACAUAUUUACUGUCAUGUCUGAAACACACAUAUUUACUAUCAUGUCUGAAACACACAUAUUUACUAUCAUGUCUGAAACACACAUAUUUACUAUCAUGUCUGAAACACACAUAUUUACUAUCAUGUCUGAAACACACAUAUUUACUAUCAUGUCUGAAACACACAUACUUGCUAUCAUGUCUGAAACACACAUAUUUACUAUCAUGUCUGAAACACACAUACUUACUAUCAUGUCUGAAAUACACAUAUUUACUAUCAUGUCUGAAACACACAUAUUUACUGUCAUGUCUGAAACACACAUAUUUACUAUCAUGUCUGAAAAACACAUAUUUACUAUCAUGUCUGAAACACACAUAUUUACUAUCAUGUCUGAAACACACAUAUUUACUAUCAUGUCUGAAACACACAUAUUUACUAUCAUGUCUGGUCUCCUCCAAAAUACACGUCCUACAAAGGAAACCUUAUAUUUCCUGAACAUAUGUGAUUACAUAAAUAAAAAUAUGACGACAA